CAUCAUUAAAAAUGGAUACGAAGCGCCGACGAUAUGCUCACCUGCGGGUCGUUCUUAUUCGUCGUCUUGCCCGUGUGUCGGGUGCUGCUAGUAAAACGAAUUUGACGACGGAGGAGGGAAUAUGUAUAGUGUCCCUUACUACGUAGAUUCCCAUUAACGGUCGAAAGCAAUUAGUUUUGUGCAAGAGCGAAGGAGAGGGAGUAUUACAUUAAGUCCUCUUUUGUUUGCCCACCUUGUUAGCCCCACGAUUGGCGCCAAGUAGUUGAUAUCUCUAGAGUAAAUAUGAAUUAUUUCGCUCUCUACCGGAUGAGUUUGAACUGUGAUAUGUUGUGCACUGAUGCAUUAAACAUAGCUCGGCGUGGUAAAGGAUAUCUUAAAAAAAAACAACCAACACUAGUUACAAUAUACUUGAUCAAUGAAAAUUUACUGAUGCUUUUGUUUUCAUUCAUCCCCCUUCCAUCCCAACGGCCAAUUUAAUGGUAGCAUUUUCGAAUUGGAUUGCGAAAGCUGUGAGUUCGAAAAUUAUAACGGAUAUUUUUUGACAGCCGCCCCGUGACAGAUGCAGCAGCUGACUUUGACGUACCAGUUUGCCGGGCAAACAAAACAACAACAACAGUGUAGUUUGGUGCUUGCGACCGGUGGCCGGUGUUGCGAAAUAGAACGAUGCUUCGAUUACGAAUAUUUUACCGCACUAUGUGCCAGAAGAUAGUGAAAGAAAACACUAGCCCGGAUGCUGCUCGAAUAUACGCGCCGCACAUUGGUGCGGAUUACAGAGUGGUUCACAAAUGGUUGCUAAACAAUCCUGCCCUGCUGGAGCUGGAUCGGGAGGAAACGAUCCGGAAGCUGAGCUACCUCAAGUACGUUUACAUAACCCCGGACGAGAUCCUGGAGCAGCCGCACGUGCUUUUCAACCAUCUGAUUACGCUCGAAAACCGUACCACAAUCUUGCGCGAGUGUGGGCUGGUGGAGGGCCUCACGCUGAAUGCCAUCGGCAACUAUCUGAAACUGAUACGCAAAAGCAUUGUGAUGCUAAAGCGCAACUACCUGAUUCCGAAGGAUUUGGAUAUGUAUGAGCAGCUGAAGCGACAGUUCGAGUGCCCGGUAGAGCCGAAGCUGCGCUGGGAUGACGGCACGCGGCUGCAGGAUAUGCGCAUCGCGUUCUUCAACGAAUUCCUUACCAAGCGGCUUGACUUUGGCCCGACCGAGCUGGAAAAGCUGUGGAAAUCGUACUCGAAAAUCAAGCACAAAAGCUUCGGCCACACACAGCGCGUCGUCGAUAUACUGCAGUACGAUUACCAGUUCAGCCGCGACAAGCUGAUCGCCAACAUGUUUCUGCUGCAUGCCGAUCCGGAAAAUUUGCUCCGCUUCCCGGUCGAGAUACCGACGAUUGGGGGUGUCGAGCUGAAGCAGGUGGUGGCGAAGUAUCCCAAGAUCAUGAUGGUCAACUAUGAGUCGGUGAAGCGAGUGAUUGGCAUUUUAAAACAGCUCGACAUACCGGACGGCGAGGUGUUGAAAUGUUUGUCUGUGUUUACAUUGUCGUCGAAAACGAUAGAAUAUCGGCUGGAGCGGUUGAUGAGCGUGAAAGAGUUCGAGGUGCUAACGAAGCAUCCGCGGGUGCUGAAGUUGAUCCAGUACCACACGAAAGCGGCAAUACGGCUGGACUAUCUGCAGCAGCUGAAAGUGCGCUGUGCCUCGCUGGAUGUGCUGUCGAGCAAUUCGCAAAACUUUGAAAGGUAUGUCCGCGAAGGAUGCGAUCGUACGAAGGGUAAAGAUACGGGCCACGUGCUGAGACACAUCUUCAAGGAGCGGGGUGAUGCCGCAUUGCAAAAGAUAAAGCGUCAUCCGAACUGGUUCCAUGUGCCGGUACUGCAAAUGCAGGAAACGGUGGAUACGUUGCUAAAGAAGAAGUUUACGCUGGACGAUAUCUUCAAUAACGUUCACAUCCUGCUCUAUCCACUGAAUCGAAUUGAGGAGAAACUUACCGCACUGGAAAGCGGCGAUCCAAAGCUGCAAGAGGAAAUGGGCGUGGAGCUGUACAGAGCGGACAAAACGCAACUGUUGGCGCUGGCGCUGUACCUGGUGGAGCUGGAAUUCCACUUCACCGGCGAUGGUGUGUGGCCGGAGCAGGUCCAGCAGAGCGAUUCCAGCUCAACCAUUAAUGUGGAGCUGCCGAGCAGUUUAAGCGGUGAGUAUAAGUUUGGCAAAAAGCCUUCGAAUGCAAACAGUUCCUCAUGAUAGUAUCGGAAGACGGGGUUGUUUGUAGCUUCGCAAACAGUUACAGAGGAUCGAACAGUUUGAUGUAAGAGAUUUGAGCAUCUGUAAAGCGAUGAGUUACUUUCAAAACUAAUGUGUAUAAUACAGAGUUUUCUAAGGUUUUUUUGUUCUUUCCCGAGCAUUGUUGGUUGCUUCCCGUAUUAUUUAGUGUGUUUCCACGAUUUUAUGGGUGUGUCCCAGAAUUUUUUGGUUCAAUUUAUAGAUGUCCAAUGGGAUAAUACCAUUAAAUUUAUGGAAAACGAUGAAUAAAUCGUGAGACGACCUGAAAAAACUGGAACUAAUCAAUAAAUCAUGGGAAACCCUUUAAUUAGAGGUAGGUGAGAAGGGUGGAAAUGUUUGAGUAUUUAAAACUACUAUUUGAUAACAUAUACUCUUCAAACAAGCAUUUGUAGUUUGGUAUUUAGAUAGCUUAUUUCGAACUUUAUCAGAGUUUUAUUUAACCGAAAAAGCCAUAUUACUACAUUUAAAAACAAAUCCUAACAUCUACUAUAAAAAUGUUGCAUUUGUGUUAGUUGCUCUUAAAUAGGUUUCAUAGGAAAAAGUGUCGAUAUGUUAUUUGUAAGAAAAUGUGUUGAUUGUAGUGGUUGUAUUAUUUGAAAGGUUUGUGAAAAAUGGA